GCGCUCUGUCCAGAGCGGCUACGCCCAUUGUUACGACGCUCCGCCUACUUCUCUCCGGCUUUGUACCAAGCCCUAAAACCACGCUGCAGCUACCAUCUCUGAGACAACGGGGCUGCUAAACAUCCGAAUAUGGCUCUCCACGUACCCAAAGCUCCGGGCUUUGCCCAAAUGUUAAAGGAUGGUGCUAAGCACUAUUCUGGACUUGAGGAAGCUGUGUACCGUAACAUCAAAGCCUGCAAGGAGCUGGCUCAGACGACACGCACUGCUUAUGGACCAAAUGGCAUGAAUAAAAUGGUCAUUAAUCACCUGGAGAAGCUGUUUGUCACAAAUGAUGCAGCAACAAUUCUGAGAGAACUUGAGGUACAACAUCCAGCAGCCAAGAUGGUGGUGAUGGCAUCCCACAUGCAAGAACAAGAGGUUGGAGACGGCACCAACUUUGUCCUUGUGUUUGCUGGAGCUCUCAUGGAGCUGGCUGAGGAGCUUCUCAGGAUGGGGCUCUCGGUGUCUGAGGUGAUUGAAGGCUAUGAGAUUGCGUGCCACAAGGCUCUGGAGAUCCUUCCUGACUGCGUGUGCACCUCUGCCAAGAACCUUCACGACAUCACCGAGGCAACGGCUCUAAUUCGCCCAGCCGUCAUGAGCAAACAGUACGGCAACGAAGACUUCUUGGCCAACCUCAUCGCUCAGGCCUGUGUGUCCAUCUUCCCAGAGUCUGGCAGUUUCAAUGUUGAUAGUGUCAGAGUAUGCAAGAUCUUAGGUUGUGGUAUCACAGCCUCCACCAUGCUGCACGGCAUGGUCUUCAAGAAGGAGUUGGAAGGAGACCUCACAUCCGUCAAAGAUGCCAAUAUCGCUGUAUUCUCCUGCCCCUUUGACUGCAUGGUGACAGAGACCAAAGGAACGGUGUUGAUAAAGAACGCCAAGGAGCUGAUGAACUUCAGCAAAGGGGAGGAGGACAUGAUGGAGGCCCAGAUGCAGGCCAUCAAGGAGACGGGGGCCAACGUGGUGGUCACCGGGGGCAAGGUGGCCGACAUGGCUCUGCACUACGCCAACAAGUACAACCUGAUGGUCGUCCGAUUGAAUUCCAAGUGGGACCUCAGAAGGUUAUGCAAAACAGUUGGAGCCAUCGCCCUGCCCAGGAUGACCCCCCCGACCCCAGAGGAGAUGGGUCACUGCGACAGCGUGUACCUGUCCGAGGUUGGAGACACCCAGGUGGUGGUGUUCAAGCAUGAGAAGGAAGAUGGUGCCAUCGCCACGAUGGUGCUCCGAGGCUCCACUGACAACUUGAUGGACGACAUCGAGAGGGCGGUAGACGAUGGCGUCAACACCUUCAAGGUUCUGGUCAGGGACAAGAGGCUUCUACCUGGAGCCGGAGCCACAGAGAUUGAGCUGGCCAAGCAGAUCGCCGCCUACGGAGAAACGUGCCCUGGACUUGAGCAGUACGCCAUCAAGAAGUUUGCGGAGGCGUUCGAGGCGGUUCCCCGUGCACUGGCAGAGAACUCUGGCGUCAAGGCCAACGAGCUGAUCUCCAAGCUGUACGCUGAGCACCACAAGGGGGGCAAGAACAUGGGCUUUGACAUCGAGGGAGAGGGCCCUGUUGUGAAGGACAUGCUCGAAGCCGGUAUUCUGGACCCAUACCUGGUCAAACACUGGGGAAUCAAACUGGCAACCAAUGCCGCCAUCACAGUCCUGAGAGUGGACCAGAUCAUCAUGGCCAAACAGGCCGGCGGGCCCAAACCCCCUCCCCAGGGCAAGAAGGACUGGGACGAUGAAGACUGAACCGUGACCUUAUAACCUAAAGCCUGGCCCGAUCCCUCCUUGCAUUCUACACCCCCUUUUUUUUUCUACUGUUAUUUAAAACGCAACAGUCUGGUUUACAUCUGUAGCAAAUGACCGUUAGUCAAGUACACCUGUUGAGAACGUACACCUGUUGAGAACGCACUGUCAGCUUUUUAUGUUUCGAGUCACAAAUAAAAAGUACCUUCGCCUUCAUCUGUGGUUGGUCUACAGUU